ACUAGAGCUGCAAUUCCGCGGGAAACAGCGGGAAACUGGGGACUAUCAAAACAAGAGCAGCGAUACUUUCGGUCAGCGAAGCUACAGCAAGUUGCAUGCACACUGCAAUAUUUACAUUGAAGAACAACAUGGCGGAUGUUACUGAAGAGAGAGAAAAUUACAAUUUUCCCGUUCCCGAAGCGUCUUUGGAUUCAGAUCCUGAAGUUGUUAUUCGUAGAGAGGUAUUAGACACCUUUUCCACCCCCGGUGAUGAAAUCAAUGCGAAAUUGGCUGAGGAUUUCGAUCAUGGUCUCAAGAAUUGGACAAACACAUUUGAUGAGGAUCGAGAGAGCCACGUAGAGACUGUCGAGGAAAAGGCCAGCAUUGGCGGGAAUGAGAGGUUUGCUCGACAGGAGAAUGCGGGAACCGCUGAUCACGAGAGAGUCACUCAAGAUGAAACUCGGACAAAGUCACUGGAAAAAGACAGUGUCAAAUCACCAGAGGUGGAAUUCAGACACAGAUAUUUACAACAACAGCAGUGGCAGCAACAGCAAGAACAGCAAGAGAGGCUCAGUUCACAAAAUGAAGACACUAGGAUGUCGCAAAGUAACAAUCAAUCCUCAAAGUCAAUGGAAGAAAAAUUGAAAAUAAACAAGAAACAAGAAGUUCCAUCAAUUAAGGAAACUUCCUCUGAGGACAAACUCCAUGAUGGCUUCACGAAGUUGUCAUUUAUGAAGUAUGUCAUGGCAGAGGUUUUCUCUGGUAAGCUCAUGGAACUUGAGGAAGACAAAUACACAGAAAGACGGGAGAAGGUUUACACAUUCAUGAAAAUUCCAAGGGAAUUUGAGAAGUUGAUGAUAUUUGGUUUCAUGUUGUGCCUGGAUUGUUUUUUAUUCAUGUUUACAUUCCUUCCAUUGCGCUUGAUCGUUGUUAUGUACAAGAUCAUUACUGGGCUGUUAUUUUGUAGAACGUCACGCAUGUUACAGCCUGUUCAAAUCUGUGAUUUACUAAAAGGGUCCAUUCUUGUGGCUUGUUGGUUGCUUUUAACUCAUGUGGAUUUUUCAGUUCUGUAUCAUACGGUGCGAGGACAAUCAGUCAUCAAACUCUAUGUCAUUUACAACAUGUUAGAGAUAGCAGACAGAUUGUUUUCUUCGUUUGGACAAGACAUCUUAGACGCUCUGUUUUGGACUGCAACUGAACCCAGGGACAGAAGAAGAGAACACAUUGGUAUUAUUCCACAUUUCGUUAUGGCAGUUGUUUAUGUCUUUUUCCACGCCGUGUUAGUUCUCUUUCAAGCCAUCUGCCUCAAUGUUGCCGUGAACUCGCACAACAAAGCCUUGUUAGUAAUAAUGGUGUCUAACCAGUUUGUGGAGCUGAAAGGCAGUGUCUUCAAAAGAUUUGAGAAGAACAACUUAUUCCAAAUGGCCUGCAGUGAUAUCAGAGAGAGAUUCUAUUACAUAGUGUUAGUAUCAAUUGUCACCCUUCGAAAUUUGACAGAAUUUAACUGGAACCUUGAACAUUUGUACGUUAUCUGCCCGUACCUGUUAGCUGUGUUGUCUUCUGAGUACUUUGUGGAUUGGAUCAAACACGCUUUUAUCACUAAGUUCAACAACAUUCCCGUGGAGGUUUAUUGUGAGUACAGAGCUCUCCUCGCCGAGGAUGCCACGUCAAGUCGACAAAAGAACGCCCAUGCUGAUCAUUUUGACCUUGUUUCUCGUCGAAUGGGUUUUAUUCCCCUUCCACUUGGUUCUCUGGUUGUUAGAGAGGUUGCUCAGUCGGUGAAGCUUCAUGGUUUAGCUGGAGUUUGCCUGCUGUUGAUGACUUUUGUCUUCCUUACGUCCGUUAAAGUGUUAAACAGCAUCAUAUUCCUCGGAAAAGCUACCCAAUACGUCAAACAAAAACAAGACCAGGAAGUUGUGAACACGCCGCAGGGUAACCUCGCCUCAUCGCGACUCCUCAAGUCCCAGGACUCCGUCACUCUGUUAGAUUCGGCCCAGUCUUCCAGCGCUUCUUUAGUCGGCGAACGGCGGGAUAUGGGACCGGGUGGAGCGGGAGAACAGACGAAACGGCGUACAAAAACAUUGGCAGAAAUAGACAGAUACACACUUUGUAGUAAAGAAAUAGUUUUAUUUUAAUAAGACAUUAUGUAGAGUUUGUGCUCUGAGAAUGAGGUGGAAAAAGUUUUCCCGAUUUAGAAAACUCGCUCUCAAAAUGCACUAACAUUAAAACCGCGCUGUCAAAGAUUUGUACUCAUGAAAAUAAAGGCAGUUUGGUAAAGGUAAUGUUAAGUCUGCAUACGAGCAAAGUGGUCCAUCAGGCCGGCGCUUAUCUCCGGU